AUGAGUAUAUCUUCUUGGUUUGACAUUAUUGGGCUUUCAAUGGAUUCACAGGAGGAUGAACCCGCAAUGAAGCAGACAGGAAAAAACAUCAAAACUUUGAUAGACCAAGAGAUGAAGAAUGGAAUUCCUUCUAAGAGGAUUAUUUUGGGAGGGGUUUCCCAUGCAGGAGCUUUAUCUUUACAUACUGCUCUUACCACACAGCAGAAACUGGCAGGUGUCAUUGCACUCAGUUGCUGGCUUCCACUUUGGGAUUCAUUUCCACAGGGUCCUAUCACUGGUGCCAAUAAAGAUAUGUCUAUCCUCCAGUGCCGUGGAAAUUGGGACUCUUUAGUUCCACUAAUAUUUGGUUCUCUUACUGCUGAAAAGCUAAAAGCAUUGGUAAACCCAGCCAAUGUAAGCUUCGAAACCUAUGGGUCCUUGAUGCACAGUUCAGGUCACCAGGAAAUGGUGGAUAUCAAGCAAUUCAUUGAUAAAGUCCUACAGUAA